CGUAGCACGCAGGAGUCGGCGAAGACGUGCCCGCCCUCGCUCCUUCCUCUUUCCCGACUCCAUCUUCGCGGCAGCGGCAGCUGUGACCGCGCUCAGUCGCCGACAUGCAGCUCUUUGUCCGCGCCCAGGAGCUCCACACCCUCGAGGUGACCGGCCGGGAGACGGUCGCCCAGAUCAAGGCUCAGGUAGCCUCGCUGGAGGGCAUCGCCCCGGAAGACCAAGUCGUGCUCCUGGCAGGCACUCCCCUUGAGGAUGAGGCAACCCUAGGCCAGUGCGGGGUAGAGGCCCUGACCACUCUGGAAGUAGCGGGCCGCAUGCUAGGAGGUAAAGUCCAUGGUUCUCUGGCCCGUGCUGGGAAAGUGAGAGGUCAGACUCCCAAAGUGGCCAAACAGGAGAAGAAGAAGAAGAAGACUGGGCGGGCCAAGCGGCGGAUGCAAUACAAUCGGCGCUUUGUCAAUGUCGUGCCCACCUUUGGCAAGAAGAAGGGCCCCAAUGCCAACUCUUAAGUUUUUGUAACCUUGGCUUCUCUAAUAAAGCCAUUCCAUCCAGUCA